AUGUCGAGUGGAGUCCAAGCCGAUGGUUUAGCCGGAGUCGUUGCUGGUGUCUCUGCCAUAUGCACUGUCGGUCUCGGCAGUGGCCUCAAUUACCGUGGCUACAAUGUUAAGGACUUAACCGACAAAACAGAGACUUUCGAGGAAGUUGCAUACCUCCUAUUGAGAGGGGUACUGCCGACUCGUCGUGAACUCAGUGCUUUCCUCCUACGACAAGGAGCUGCUAGGAAACUCAGCCCCAACAUGCAUACCAUGCUCGAGAUGCUCCCUAAGGACACGCAUCCGAUGGAUGUCUUGCGAGUUUCCGUCUCCCUCAUAGGCUGUCUCGAGCCAGAGGCUGAGGAUCCCGACGUGAGGAUCCGCGACAACACAGCAGUUGAUGUCGCUGAGAGGCUUAUGGCUGUGUUGCCUUGUGCUGUUCUGUACUGGUUUCACUUCUCGCACUAUGGGAGGCGAAUUGAUGUGUCCACCAGUAAACGGGAUCCUCAAGAGACUAUGGCGGCCCACUUCCUCCGACUGCUCCAUCAGACGGGAUACGACACCCCUCCUGAUCGAGAUAUGAUCAAGACUCUCGAUAAGUCCUUUAUAUGCUACGCUGAGCACGACUACAAUGCUUCGACUUUCGCUGCUAGAGUCACUACUGCUACAUUGAGCGAUGCUUAUUCAGCUUUCACUACUGCUAUUGGUACCCUAAGGGGCCCCUUGCACGGUGGGGCUAAUGAGGCCACGAUGGAGCUGCUUUCGACGUUCGAAAGCCCCGAGGAUGCCGAGAAGAAACUACACGAAAUGUUCACUAAGAAAAAGCUGGUCAUGGGGUUUGGGCACAGGAUAUACAAGACUGGCGAUCCUCGAUCACCGAUAAUGGAGGAGUGUUCAAAAGCGCUGUCUCAGAAGCCUGGUCGGACAUCUCUACUCUUCAAUAUCUCGAAACGGGUGGAGGAAGUAUUGAAGGCCGAGAAAGGCAUGUAUCCCAACGCCGACUUCUACAGUGCCUCAGCCUAUCACUAUUGCGGAGUGCCGACACCUCUCUUUACGCCUCUGUUUGUGUUUUCGAGAAUAACAGGAUGGACGGCCCAUAUCGUCGAGCAGAGGGCCAACAAUAAGCUCAUCAGACCGACUUCGAAAUACUGCGGUCCUGAGCCGAAUCAGAGGGUGGUGCCGAUUGAUGAGCGUCGUGAUGAAGGAACAGCGUGAGGGCCAACGCUGCCAGCGGAGAUGGGAUCGGCUAUCGAAGUAGCUCAAGUAGCUGUCGACACACGAGUCUUAGCGGAGGCUUCGAUUUCUG